CAGCAUACGGGUAUCACCAUAAGAAUUUAGUACAUAGACUAUUGCGUCAGAAACAAUUUGUUUAUGUACUAUAUAAGGGAAGAAUUUUCCUAGUUUUUUACACAAUACUUUGUGGUCUUAGGUGAUAAGUUGUAUUUUGUUUAAGUGGUGACAAAAUGAGGCGUUACGGGUUCUUAAUCGCGGUUUUGUUUGGGAUUUGUGUUGGUGCUGUGUCAUCAGAAUUCUUCACUGCCUCAAGUCCUGAUGCCCGUGAAGACUGGGAGCGAAUUGUAGGGGGGUUUAAGGCUCCCAAUGGCUCUAUCCCCUACCAAGUUUCUUUAAGAAUAUGGGGGGUGUGGCAUUUCUGUGGGGCAUCGCUUGUCACCCCUAGAGUUAUUCUGACAGCUGCUCAUUGUACUAAAACCUCAAUACUUCAAAGCGGUAGUAGGGACCAACCAGCUGCCGGAGGCACAGCAUACACCAUCCGCAAGGUGGUCAUCCACGAGGAUUACGACGACUACAUCAUCAAGAACGACAUAGCCAUACUCUUCACUGAUGAGGAGGUGGAUUUCGGGAGUACCGUAGAUGCUGUGGAGCUGAACGAUGAGCCGGUGGAAAAGGGGGAGGAGCUCGUGUUGACGGGGUGGGGGACUACUUCGUACCCAGGCCGCCUGCCCAAUGACCUGAUGCAGCUGGAACUACGCUCCAUCACCUAUGAAGAGUGUAAGGAAGCCCACAAGAGUGUUAAUGCUGUGUUCGAGACUCAGAUCUGUGCGCUGACUAAAGCUGGGGAGGGGGCUUGUCAUGGUGAUUCCGGCGGUCCCCUGGUGCGGGAAGGUCGUCAGAUCGGAAUCGUGUCGUGGGGCAUACCCUGUGCCAGGGGAAAACCUGAUGUCUACACAAAGGUGGAAGCGUUCAUGAGAUGGAUAGAGAAGACUCUGUACGAUGACGAUGAAGACCACGUGAAGUAUAUUCACAACCACAAACACCACAGAUAUACCAACAGACAUUAGUUAAUGAACUUCGCUUACAUAUGUACCUGUACUUAUUAAGGCAAGUGUUGUAGGAAUCGCAAAUACAAUUAUGCUGUAAAUAUUUUGGAAAAACAUUUAUUUCAAUAGUGAGGUUUUGGUUACUAACUUCUAAAGUAAAGAAUGCUUGUCGUGUCGUAAAAUUCUUAUAAUAUUGUAGUUAUCGUUGUAGUAAAGUGGUGGAUGAAAACAGUACUUUCCCUGUACCUUAGAAC